AUGGGUAAGACAACUAGGGCAGAUCAAAAUUAUACCAAACAACCUUUCUUACUCUCGGUCGACGAGAUCAAGAACGAGAUCGAGACAAACUUGGACUCGGGAUUAUCGAGUUCUCAGGUGCAGCAGUACCAGGAGAAAUACGGCCCUAACAGACUCGAAGGGGAUGGAGGGGUCUCAUGGUACUCGAUCUUAGGAAAACAAAUAUCAAAUGCCAUGAUAUUGGUAUUGGUUCUCGCAAUGGCAUUGGCUUAUGGCGUUGAGGAUUUUAUCGAAGGCGCCGUUAUUACUGGCGUCAUAGUUCUUAACGUCUCUAUUGGUUUCUAUCAGGAAUUCCAGGCUGAAAAGAAAAUGGACGCUCUUCGAUCACUUUCAUCGCCAUCAGCUAACGUUGUCCGAGAUGGUAAUGAAGAUACAAUUGCCUCCGGUGAAGUCGUUCCUGGUGAUAUCGUAUCUAUUAAGAUGGGUGACACAGUCCCGGCCGACAUUCGUCUUUUUGAGGUCAUGAAUCUGGAAUGUGACGAAGCCAUCCUUACUGGUGAAGCUCUCCCGGUUGCUAAGGAAGUCGAAUUCGAAGCAAAGCAUGGAGCCAAGGAAGAUCUUGGCCUUGGUGAUCGACUAAACAUCUGCUACUCAUCUUCGACGGUCACCAAAGGUCGUGGUCGAGGCAUUGUCGUCUACACCGGAAUGUCUACUGCAAUCGGUGGGAUCGCCGCAUCAAUGCAGAAGACACGACGUAAGCCUAAUCGAUCAAUGUCAAGGAAGAAGCAUGGCCCUAUGCAGCCCGUCAAAGGUGGGGCGCUACGCGUUUGGGACAGCAUCCUCAAAUUCCUCGGUCUGACUGGAGGCACUCCUUUGCAAAUCAAGCUCAGCAAGCUUGCCUACGCACUGUUUGGCUGUGCUUUACUCCUGGCUAUUAUCGUCUUCGGCGUCAACCGGUUUAAUGUCACAAACGAAGUCGCCAUUUACGCAAUUUCCACUGGUAUCGCCAUUAUUCCCGAAUCUUUGAUCGCUGUUCUUACCAUCACCAUGGUUGUUGGAAUGACCCAGAUGCGAAAGCGCAAGGUCGUAGUUCGACAGCUUAGUGCACUCGAGGCUUUGGGAGGUGUCACAAAUAUCUGCUCUGACAAGACAGGUACCUUGACCCAAGGCAAAAUGGUCACUCGCAAGGCAUGGAUUCCAGGUGUCGGCAUCUACAGUGUGGAGAACUCAAAUAACGCCUCUGACCCGACGGAAGGCACAAUCACCUUCGGAAAAGCGCCAAUGUCUCGCAAGGAAGCUGAAGCUGCAAGACUCGCCCGAGAAGAAGCACUUGACCAAAAACGAAGUGUCGCUAAUGUCGCCUUCGAUGUUCCUAACGAGAAAUUCAAGAAAGACAAUGAGAAGGCCACACCUGCAGAGACCGAUGUCAAAGAAAAUCCAGAUGUCACUCCCGAGCUACAAGCUUUCCUCGAAUCUGCCGCUCUUUGCAAUCUUGCUACCGUCCGUAAAGUCACUGAAGAUGGGCAGGCGAAGUGGAAGACUUCGGGAGAUCCUACUGAGAUUGCUCUCCAAGUCUUCUCUCAUCGAUUUGACUUUGGCAAGAAGGUUCUGGAAGAAGAGAAGGGCUGGUCCCAAAAGAUGGAGUUUCCAUUCGAUAGCUCUAUCAAGCGGAUGUCAGUUGUCUAUACAAAGCCUGAGGAAGAGCACUCUAUCAUCUUCACCAAAGGAGCCGUCGAGCGUAUUAUUGACCUUUGUACUACCGCUGGUAUCGGGGAGAAUGAAAAGAAGAUCACCCCUCAGUACAAGGAAAGCAUUCUCGAACAGAUGGAUUUCCUCGCUGAGCAAGGCCUCCGUGUUCUUGCUAUUGCACGAAAAUUUACCUCCAUGGAUAUUGCCGAGCACUCUGAUAUCGACCGAGCAGAGGUUGAGAAAGAUCUUUGCUUGCUUGGUCUUGCCGGACUUUACGAUCCACCUCGCAUGGAGACGAAGGGCGCUGUCCAAGCCUGUACGACUGCGGGAAUCACAGUUUCUAUGCUGACAGGUGACCAUCCAUCCACGGCCGCAGCAAUUGCCAAAGAGGUCGGAAUCAUUCCCAAGAACAUGAGCACCCUUGCUCCCGAUGUGGCAGCAGCCAUCGUCAAAACGGCUACUGAAUUCGACAAGAUGACAGACGAAGAGAUCGAUGCUCUGCCAACUCUUCCACUUGUUGUUGCACGAUGUGCCCCUGAAACCAAAGUCCGUAUGAUCGAGGCUUUACAUCGACGUAAUAAAUUUGCGGCUAUGACCGGUGACGGUGUCAAUGACUCGCCCUCACUCAAGCUCGCUGAUGUGGGUAUUGCUAUGGGUCUAAACGGGUCUGACGUUGCUAAAUCCGCCUCUGAUAUUGUUCUUACCGACGACAACUUCGCAAGUAUUGUCAACGCGGUUGAAGAAGGCCGACGCAUGUUUGACAACAUUCAACGCUUCGUCCUCCAUCUCCUUACAUCUAAUGUCGGCGAGGUCAUUCUCUUGAUUUGUGGUCUAGGAUUCCAAGAUAGGAGUGGAUUCUCUGUCUUUCCUCUGUCACCGCUUCAGAUCCUAUGGAUUAACAUGCUCACAUCUUCAUUCCCAGCCUUCGGUCUCGGUCGCGAGAAAGCGGCUCCCGAUGUCAUGGAACGACCUCCACACGACAACAAGAAAGGUGUCUUCACAUGGGAACUCAUCACCGACAUGCUCGUCUAUGGUACGAUCCAAGGAACCUGCUGCCUCAUGACAUUCGUCUUCAUUGUCUACGGCCCCGGCGACGACGGUCUCGGCGUGGACUGCAACCACCACUACAGCACCAGCUGCGAUGUCGUCUUCCGCGCAAGAGCAGCAGUCUUUGCCGAACUAACAUGGCUCAUCCUCAUCUCCGCAUGGGAAUUCAAAGCCAUGCGACGCAGCAUGUUCAAGAUCAACCCGCACGACACGCGCGCAUUCCCCUUCUUCGCUGACAUCUGGGAGAACCAAUUCCUAUUCUGGUCCGUCGUCAUUGGCGCCGUAAGCGUCUUUCCCGCCGUCUACAUCCCUGGGCUGAACACCUCGGUCUUCAAGCACAAGGGCAUCUCGUGGGAAUGGGCGCCGGCCAUCGUCUGCGUCUUUGUCUUUGUGUCCGGCAUGGAAGCCUGGAAAUUCGUGAAGCGCUCCAUGGGCUGGUUCCAGGCCGAGGAGACGGAGGGCAUGAAGGCCCGCCGCCACGCUCGCUCCACGCUGGGUCUCAGGCAAGGAUUCUUUACCAUGGCGAGGAGCUUCACCAAGUCGAAAUCGGAGGAGAAGAGGCCCGUCAGUGGACAUGCCAGCUCCGAAAUGUCGGUCAUCGUCCCCACCCGGGAGGACGUAUGA